AUGGAUCCGGACACCAGAAAAGCUCCUAAGAUAAUAUCCUCGCUCUAUAUUAACGGUGAUGAGAGGAAUGAAAUCGGCGAUGGUAGGGAUAGUUACGGAGAUGAGAGGGUUGAAAGCGGCGUUGGUAGGGAUAGUUACGGAGAUGAGAUGGUUGAAAGCGGCGAUGGUAGGGAUAGUUACGGAGAUGAGAUGGUUGAAAGCGGCGAUGGUAGGGAUAGUUACGGAGAUGAGAGGGUUGAAAGCGGCGUUGGUAGGGAUAGUUACGGAGAUGAGAUGGUUGAAAGCGGCGAUGGUAGGGAUAGUAACGGAGAUGAGAGGGUUGAAAUCGGCAAUGGUAGGGAUAGUAACGGAGAUGAGGCGGUGGAAAUCGGUGAUGGUAGGGAUAGUAACGGAGAUGAGAUGGUUGAAAGCGGCGAUGGAAGGGAUAGUUACGGAGAUAAGAUGGUUGAAAGCGGCGAUGGUAGGGACAGUUACGGAGAUGAAAUGGUUUGA